AUGUUGCGGAAAAUUAAUUUUUACUCAAUAUGUUUUGCGUUCGGUCUCAGUGUUCUUUUAAUAUUUGCUGGAAGUCGAUAUACAGAUAACACCAAUUACCGUCCAUCCUCUGAAAGUCGAAGGAAUAUUAAGUAUUUUUUAAAAGUUGAAGAUAUAGAUGAAAAUAUAGUGCAGACAGUACCAACCAACCCUUAUGAUGGUUCACCUGACAUUGAAAAAAUUAUAGAUAAAACGAGGAUAAAAAUCAGACAUGAAUUAUUAGUAUAUAACUUUACACACUCUGGCGUAAAGAAGCUGGAAGAUUUAGUGAUGGAAUCAGGGGGGCAACCCUUAAGGAGUUUGAUAAUAUCAACUUGGAGAUCAGGAACAACUUUUCUUGGAGAGGUGCUUAAUUCUGUGCCAGGUAAUUUUUAUCACUAUGAACCAUUUUUGAAUUAUGGAAUUGUACAAAUAAGAGGCACACCAGAAUCCGACAAUGUUCUGAAGACUAUUAAAAAGAUGUUUCUGUGCCAAUAUGAUGACAUGAAUGAUUACUUUGAAUAUGGUAAAAGUCACUGGCACCAGUUCAGUCAUAACACAAGACUUUGGGACCAUUGUAAAUUUAAGAAGGAACUGUGCACAGAUCCAGAUUUUACUUCCAGGUUUUGUAGAUUAUUCCCAUUUCAAAGUAUGAAAGUUGUUCGUGUUCGGUUACGUCUCAUUAAGCAACUAUUACUAGAUAAAGAGCUUAAUCUGAAAGUUAUACUAUUAAUCCGAGACCCGAGGGGUGUGAUGCAGUCAAGACAACAUCGUAACUUCUGCCAGCCGGCACCAGAUUGCUGGAAACCCGAAUUGUUAUGUGCUGAUAUGAUCAGCGAUUAUGUGGCAGCCGGUCGGCUCAUUCAAGAGUUCCCCGAUAGAAUUAUGGCACUAAGAUAUGAGGAGCUUGCGCUGAACCCAAACACAACUUCAUACAGUAUACUAAAGUUCUUAGGGCUCGGUGUGACUUCCUCGGUGGAUGAAUUUUUACAUCUCCACACAAACAUGGAGGUGGCAGGUGUCAGUUCAACAUUCAGGGUCUCAAAAGCAGUGCCUUUCAGAUGGAAGAAUGUUCUAGAUUUUAAUUACGUGGAUGAGAUACAGAUGACCUGCAAAGGAGCAAUGGACUUGUGGGGAUAUAAGUUGGCUCACAAUGCAACACACAUGACAAGCAAGGAAUUCAAUCCAAUACAGGAAUACUCUCUAAAGCAAUGA